CGUGAUUUCAAGAUGGCAGAUGACAAAACUGGGUUGCUCUCGGGAGGGAACAAAAGUUCUGUACCAUCUUCGCCCUCUGCUGGCCCUUCAGAUGAUGCUCUGUACCAUGACAGCGGUCAGACUCCAAGAGCUAAACUGCUUCAAAUCGGUUUUGUGGUCCUUACAGGUUUUAUGGUUGGUUUGAGCAUCAUCCUAAGUAUAGUCCGAGGUGCCCAGCUUCGUCAAAAUGGAGGAUUGUACUUCAUGCUCGGCAUAAGCUUGAUUGGCUUUGUGGUGAUAGAAGUACUAAUGGUUAUUUUCAUUCGAAAAGGAGAUCUUCCCAAGAGCAAGACAUGGUUUGUGUAUUUUAUUGGACUUUGCGUCAUACUUGAAGCCAUAUUCACUGAUGUCCUGCUGUAUCAGUGAAAUGCAUCAUACUUGAAGCCAUAUUCACUGAUGUCCUGCUGUAUCAGUGAAAUGCAUCAUACUUGAAGCCAUAUUCACUGAUGUCCUGCUGUAUCAGUGAAAUGCAUCAUACUUGAAGCCAUAUUCACUGAUGUUCUGCUGUAUCAGUGAAAUGCAUCAUACUUGAAGCCAUAUUCACUGAUGUCCUGCUGUAUCAGUGAACAUUUUUCAUUCCGAUUUUUACUUGGAAAAUUAAAGAUGGAGGAAGUCUUCCUUGAACCCUUUCAUCAGGAGAUGCUUAUUAACUUUUCUGCAUGCCUUUAGGCCAGGUAAAAAUAAAAAAAUGCUUCUUGUCCAGCCCUCCUCGAUUUUGGCCACUGUCUGAAAAUAAUUUUCGUUUUACAUUUUUCCACCACUAUAUUUACUUUUUGAGUCAGAUUACACAUGUGCUGCAUGCUGACAGCUCUGCCGUUAUAUGGGUAUGAUUCUCCUCGAUCCUGAUGAUUUUAAAUCACGAUUCAGGGGAUUUCAUUCAAUCUGGUAGGUUUUGUUUAGUGGAUAUCCUGUCUACCGGCAGUUCCAAAAAAAUGUCCUUUCAUCCCGAUUUCGAGAAUAGGUUGGACAAGAAACAAUUUAAAAUCUAUACCUGGCCUAAGCGUCUAUUCUAAUAAAGGAGCCCUGGGAAUGCUAUUAACACCGGUGUAUCAAAUUACCGGUUUGUAGUUUCUCAGAGAAUCCUUCAAUGUACAGUAGAACCUCUCUAUUAAGGACACCCUCAGGACUGACAAAUGCUGUCCUGAUUAGAGAGGUCAAAUUGAAUGGAAACAAUCAAUUUGGGACCAGAACUAGUGUCCUUAAUAGAGAGGUGUUCGCUAAGGGAGGUGCCACUUUUUUCAUACAGUUGAAUAAAAUAUUAUGUAAAUUAUUUGAUUCAUUCAUACGCCCCUACGCUCCUGUCUCUAACUUCUUAUUAAAGGCCUGUGUUGUUUGUUAAAAUUGUACUUUCUUGUGCCACAAGUAAAUAGAAAUAAACAAUGCUUUCUGUACAGUAAACCAGAAAUAACUACAUGUUUGUGAUGAAAAUUGAGCUACUACAAUACUGUAUACCAUAUUUCGAGAAUUGAUAAAGACUGCUCUUUGUUAAUUCUUGAGUACCGGUAUAGUGUAUGCAUCAGCAAUCUUGGAUUUGUAUUCGUUGUGUAUUUACCUAUUGAAAAAAUUUCAAAUUCAAUUUCAAAUUUUGUACGACUGACAUAAAAAUAUGUGUGAGAAUGUUACCUGUAAUGCAUUUGCCAGUAAAUUUUGGUAGCAAAUGGGAUAUUUAGUCAACGGCCAAGUAAGCCAAUUUACCAAACUUUAAGCUUUGAGAAUAUUUUACAGUUUACAAUAUCUGGUUAUGCGAAGCCAGUGCUUGCAAGUGUAAUGUAUUUCUAAAGGUGAUUAUGUCAAGAUUGCAACAACAUUUGAAAAGUUUUUCCAAGGUUGAAAAACACACUGCUGGUUUGUCCUAUAGAAAACUAACAAAUUGGAAAACAUGUGUGGAUUGAAUUUGUGCAUGCCCCACAGGUUAAUUUACCUCGCAUGCAUAAUGUCAUAUUGUCCAUGUAUCAGAUGAACACAGUGUAUUUUAGACAAUUUACCAACAGCACACAUUUUGGAUGUUUUUCUUGUGAGGUAGCCAUUCUCCCAUGCCUCAAGAAGCACUAUCGAGGUCAGUCUGCUCGGUAUUAGGUUGGAAGGCCUAAUAAGAUUCUCAGCAAUCUGGGGGAUUCAUUCUCCAGGGUGUGUCCCCCUGCUGGGAGAAAUUCUAUUGUUUUCAUUAAUCACAUGUAGUAACUGAAAUGAAGUCAAACUGCAUGUAUUCAUAUCUACUAUUUUCCUUACUGCAACCAUGAUUCCUACCCAUAUUUAUCAUCAUUGUCUUUUCAAAAAUGUCCAGAAUUUCAUCCCUUUCGUCUUUAAAGGGGGACAAGCUAUAGGCAAGAGCUAGGCGGUCAAAUUGGUUUUCUCUAGGUGACUAAUAUGCACACUUGGGGACUGGGUCUUGGAUUGACCUAAUAAAUAAAACUACUUCUUAUCUUACACAAACAGUGCCAAUGUACUGUGAGAUGGCAGAGACACCUAUCUGCAGUUGUGAGUAACUUAAUCUGACCUACUUAGCUGUUGCCUAUAAUUUAAGUAUUGUACACAGAUCAGUAAGGAAGAGUCUGUUGUGUCCUAAAUCUAAAUCUAUUUAUAAGUUAUACCAGUCGCUGUAUAUGUUUGAUACACUGACUGGUUUGUACAUUGUACAUGUACAUGUACGUCAUAUUUAAUGUAUAAAUCUUAUUACUAUUUUCA